AUGCAUACAAUUCGGGUUGAUUCGAAGCAUGGUGAGAGUGUGGAAUAUAUUGGUUAUGGUGGAAGCCUUUCGUGCAUAAAUUGGGAAGCAAAUUUGAAGGUUGGCCGAGUUUAUCCAAAUAAGAUUGCCCUUUUAAAAACCAUCAGUUUAGCAGCAAUUGGAGGCCACUUUCGGUUCAGAACAGUCCAAUCUGGGAAGCGUCGGUUUUGUGUUCGCUGUUGGCAGGUGCCUUGCCCUUGGAAACUUCGGGCAUAUAAGGUUGGAUUACAUGAGUUUAAAGUUGUUAAAUACGAUCCACUUCAUGAAUGUGAUCUGAGGUUUGUAAGUAGUCACCAUCCUCAAGCUACGGCCGAAUUGGUGUCUGACUGUGUUAAAUGGAGAUUUCAGGAUUCGCGCAGCAUUUAUACUGCAGCUGAUAUAAAGACAGAUGUGAAAAAAAAAUUUGGUGUCAGCAUAAGCUACUCUACAGCUUGGAGAAGCCGAGAGUUAGCUUUCAAAACAAUGAGAGGGUCUGCAGAAGAGUCGUAUUCCAUUCUCCCUUCCUAUUGUUAUGAGUUGGAGCGUACAAAUCCGGGAACUUUGACAUACAUUCAGACUGAUGCAGCCGACCACUUCUUAUAUUUUUUUAUGUCAAUUGGUGCAUGCAUACGAGGAUUUAAGUCGUCAAUGCGGCCCGUGAUUGCUGUUGAUGCUACCCAUUUGAAGUGCAAGUAUAAAGGUGUUUUGUUUGUUGCGACCGCAUUUGACGGAAAUCGCAACAUAUAUCCUGUUGCCUUUGGGAUUGGAGAUUUGGAGACCGAUGCAGCAUGGGAGUGGUUUUUGAGAAAAUUACAUUGUGCAAUUGGUGAUUGCUCGAAUCUUGUUGUCAUAUCUGAUCGCAAUGUUAGCAUACAACAUGGGUUGCGUAGAGUUUUUCCUGGGGCAAGCCAUGGUAUUUGCUUUUAUCACUUGAAGGGCAAUAUGAAAGCCUCAUUUCACUUGAAGCAACGGGAUCCGAUAUUGGGGUAUUUUAUAAGGGCAGCGAAGUCUUAUCGUCUAGCGGAGUUCAAUCGUCACUUCUCGAUGAUAAACAAUGAGCGAGUGCGAACUUAUCUACUACGUGCAGGCGUUCAGAAGUGGUCUCGGGCCCACUGUGAUGGACGACGCUAUAAUGUGAUGACAACGAAUAUUGUGGAGUCCAUUAAUUCAGUUCUUCGUUUUGCAAGGAUGCUUCCGGUCCUACACUUGAUCGAUGAAAUCACAAAUUUACUUCUCACUUGGUUUAGUCAACGUCGAGAUUUAGCAAUGAAAUGUCAUUCUACAUUGUGCCCUGAUUUGGGUGAACAGAAGUUAAGGAAGAGGUUAGACGCUGCAUCAAGGAUGAAUGUGGUCAAAAUCAAUGAUGUUGAGUAUAAUGUUCUGGAUGGUGAUUUGAACAGUCUGGUGUACUUGGCAAACCGUAGUUGUACGUGCAGGAAAUUUGACUUGGAGCAACUCCCGUGCAAGCAUGCUAUUGCGGUAUGUCGGCACUUGAAUUUGAACCCCUACUCCUUUGCCUCUUCUUAUUAUACACGAGCUACAUGGGCAGCGGCAUAUGCUGAAUCUAUUUAUCCUGUACCACCUAAAGGCACAUGGGUUAUUCCCGAACAUUUGAACAAUGUCAAAAUCCUUCCUCCUGUUUGUAAGGUUAUGCCGGGCCGUCGCAAAAUGCAAAGACUACCUUCAAAAGGAGAGGACUCCCGGCAAAAAAAAUGCUCAAGGUGUGGUGUGAAGGGCCACUACCGAAAUACAUGCAAACAAUCUGUCCCUCUCAAGAACUGA